AUGGCUGCAGCUGCUACCUUGCAACCUACCUUUGCUGCCGGCCCGGUCGGGCAGCCGGAUAUUGCGUAUGCGCCAAACUGGGACACAUAUCAAGCUCGAGCAAAGCGGCACGUGGACGAUGAGAAGCGAGCAAAGUCGCUUCCAGACGGCUUUCCGAAAAAGCUCGAGUCUGAGCUUGUGUGGCAUGGCGCCACCGUAUCAGACAAAUACCAGUGGUGGUAUAGACUGACCGAGAGCGACAUUGCCGAGAUUGACAGCGCCCUGAAUCACUUCAAGAACCUUGAAAAGCCUCUCGGCGAGAUUACACAAGACACCUUUCCCCUGCCGUCGCUGCACGCCGUCCUGCGCGACGUCUCCCGGGAGAUUCACGACGGCCACGGCUUCAAAGUCGUGCGCGGCAUUCCUGUCGAAAAGUACACGCGCGAGGACAAUAUCGCCAUCUACGCGGGGCUCGCCGCGCACGUCGCGCCGACCCGCGGCCGCCAGGACAGCAGCUUUGGCGGCAGGCCCGCCGACGUGGCCCUCGCGCACAUCAAGGACCUGACGGCGACCGUUGACCCGCACAAGAUUGGCGCGCCGGCAUACACGACGGAGAAGCAGGUCUUCCACACCGACGUCGGCGACGUCAUUGCGCUCUUCGCCCUCGCCGAGGCGGCCGAGGGCGGCGAGAGCUACCUGGCCAGCAGCUGGCACGUGUACAACCAGCUGGCGGCGACGCGGCCGGACCUGAUCAAGACGCUCUCUGAGCCCUGGAACAUUGACGAAUUCGGCAAAAACGGCAAGCCGGGCUACUCUGCGCGGCCGCUGCUCUACCACCAGCCCGCCGAGGGCGACGCCCCGGAGCGGCUCAUCAUCCAGUACGCCCGACGGUCCUUUACCGGCUACUGGGGCCUGCCGCGCAGCGCCGACAUACCGCCCAUCACGGAGGCGCAGGCCGAGGCGCUCGACGCGCUGCACUUUACGGCCGAGAAGAGCGCGGUGGCGCUCGAGUUCCAGGCGGGCGACAUUCAGUUUGUCAACAACCUGAGCAUCUUUCACGCGCGCGGGUCGUUUAAAGACUCUGCCGAGAAGCAGCGUCACCUAAUCCGGCUCUGGCUGCGGGACGAGGAGCGCGCGUGGAAGACGCCCCAGCCGCUGCAGAAGCUGUGGGAUCGCGUUUUUGCGGGAGUCAGGGCGGAGAAUCAAGUAUUUCCUCUGGAGCCGUUUCUCCGAACGCCGUCGAGCGGCGAAAAGGUACCGGCACUGCAGUAG